CUCCCUCCCUCGCUUCGAGCGCAGCGUCUCCGGUGCGCCCCGUCGGGGCCAGGCGCGCUCGGCUGCGCUGGUGGGCGCCCGAGUCGGCCUGGCCUUGGGGGAGCGGGAUGCCAAGAUGCCCCCGCGGGGGCUGGCCGUGUUGUGGCUGCUGGCGCUGGGCUGCCCGGGCGCCGCCUCCGCCGUCUCCAGCGCCUCGGCCGUGGCGGGCCCCUCGGAGCGGACGGCGCUGGCGCGGGAGCGCUUCAAGGUGGUCUUCGCCCCCCUCAUCUGCAAGCGGACGUGCCUGAAGGGCCAGUGCCGCGACAGCUGCAAGCCGGGCUCCAACAUGACCCUCAUCGGCGAGAACGGGCACUCCAUGGACACCCUCACCGGCUCCGGCUUCCGCGUGGUGGUUUGCCCUCUGCCCUGCAUGAAUGGUGGCCAGUGCUCAUCUGGGAAUCACUGCCUCUGCCCGCCAGAAUUCACAGGUCGCUUCUGCCAGGUGCCAGCAGGCCGGCAGAGCCAAGGACAGCAGGCCCGGGUCUCCAGUGAAGGUCUCCCGAUGGAGACAGGCUCCAGCAAGCAUGCCAUCUAUGCAGUCCAGCUCAUCUCUGACAGCCAUGGUGACUCAUCCUCUGGGCCUGGCUCAAAGGGCACCGUGAGCCAUUCCACCUUCAUGGUUCCUUUGGGACCCAGCCAACACUCCUCAGAAGUUCAGGUGCACCAGCCCCUGGUCAACGUUCGCGUGCAUCACCCACCGGAUGCCUCAGUGCAGGUCCAUCGGAUCGACAGCCUCAGCUCGGAGAACAGUGGGCCGGGCAGCCAACAGCACCUGAUCCAGCACCCGGCGGCCCCCAAGACUGCGUAUACCAGGCCUCCCACCCAGAAACCUUUGGGACGCUGCUUUCAGGAGACAUUGCCCAAGCAGAUGUGCGGGAGCAACCCUCUUCCAGGCCUCACCAAACAGGAAGACUGCUGUGGAAGCAUUGGUACCUCCUGGGGGCAGAACAAGUGCCACAAAUGCCCCCACCUGCAGUACUUAGGAGUGCAGAAGACAGGUCCUGUCCGUGGGGAGAUGGGGAGUGACUGCCCGCAGGGCUACAAGCGACUGAACAGCACCCACUGCCAAGACAUCAACGAGUGUGCCAUGCAAGGAGUGUGCCAAGGGGGCGAAUGUUUGAAUACCCAAGGAAGCUUCCGCUGUGCAUGCAAGCCAGGACAGGUGUUGGGACCUUCGCGCACCCAUUGUGUGCUGGAGAAAGCCGGGGAGAAGAGCUCGUGUUUCCGUCUGGUGAGCUCCGAUAACCAGUGCCAGCACCCGCUGCCCACCAAACUCACCCGCAUGACUUGCUGCUGCAGUGUGGGCAAGGCCUGGGGGGCCCGCUGUGAGCGCUGCCCAGCUGAUGGAACUGCUGCUUUCAGAGAGAUCUGCCCUGCGGGAAAAGGCUACCACAUCCUGACUUCACAUCAGACUCUGACCAUCCAAGGGGAGAGUGAAUUCACGCUCCAGAUUCACCCAGAAGGCACCACUGACUUGCAGCAGCAGCAGCCCCGUGUAGAGCUUCCCACCUAUCCUCCUGGUGGGAGUGAUUCACAGGAGCCAGUGGUAACUCUUGCUGUGUUACCAGCUUAUGUGACAACCUCAGAGGAGCAGCGAGUGGAGCACAUCCCCGUCAACAUUCCCAUCCUCACCCCCCGUUAUCCUGAGGUGCUUGCUAAACCCACCAUGGCUGUGGUGGUGAAGUACGAGGAGGAAGAUAGGAACAGGAGCACCAUGGAUGUGGCUCCCACUCAGGUGACAGAGACGGACAUCUGCAAACUUAACCGCAACAUCUGUGGCCAUGGAGAAUGCAUCCCUGGAACACCGGUCCACAUGUGCCAUUGUUAUUCGGGGUACCGCUGGCAUCCUCAGCUUAAGCACUGCGUAGAUGUGAAUGAGUGCGAGACGGAGCCGUGUGGCAGUGGGAAGGGAGUGUGCAUGAACACAGGGGGUUCCUACAACUGCCAUUGCAACCGGGGAUACCAGCUGAAGAUUCACAAGGGUGUGCGGUCCUGUAUGGAUAUUGAUGAAUGUGCCAAGCCCAAUGUCUGCGGAGACCGUGGCUCCUGCAUCAAUUUCCCAGGAUACUACAAGUGCGAUUGCCAUCCAGGCUACCGACUGAAGUCCUCCCGACAGCCUCUGUGUGAAGACAUUGAUGAGUGCCUUGACCCCGGGACAUGCCCUGAAGGGAGAUGUGAAAACAGGCCUGGCAGUUACAAAUGCAUCCCCUGCCAGCCAGGCUUCCGUGCCCAAAAUGGAGUAUGCUAUGAUGUGGACGAGUGCUCUGAAGACGCUGUCUGCAAGCAUGGGUGGUGUGAGAAUGUGGCUGGUUCCUUCCGCUGCACCUGUGGGGAUGGAUUUGUUCCUGCGCCAGAUGCUCGCAGCUGUCUUGAUAUCAAUGAGUGUGAAAAUGGGUCUCUGUGUGCCAACGGGGUAUGCGUGAACACGCUGGGAUCCUUUAAAUGCCAGUGUCCAGUAGGCUUCCAGGCUGUGAAGGAAGGCCCCCGCUGCGAAGAUGUGAAUGAGUGCGAUUUCCCAGCUGCCUGUGUGGGGGGAGAGUGUGUGAACACCGUGGGCUCCUACCAGUGCCUGUGCCGACCAGGCUACCAGUUGGAAAGUGGCAGGAAGUGUCAAGAUGUGGAUGAGUGUGCCAAAGACCCUGACCUCUGCCAGCCACAUGGAGCCUGUGAGAACACGGAGGGCUCCUUUGUGUGCGUGUGCGAUGACGGAUUCACUCCCUCGGAAGACCAACAGAGCUGUGAGGAGCUGCCCCACAACAAAAAGGAGUGCUACCUGAACUUCGAUGACACCGUCUUCUGCGACAGCGUCCUUGCCACUAACAUCACCCGCCAAGAGUGCUGUUGCUCGCUGGGGGCCGGAUGGGGGGACCACUGUGAAAUCUACCCUUGUCCUGUUCUCAAUUCUGUGGAAUUCCAUACUCUUUGCCCAGAUGGCAAAGGCUUCAUUCUGGAUGACACCACCCUCAACUAUGGCAUCCCAGCACACCGUGACAUAGACGAGUGUGCCCUGUUUGGGCAGGAAAUCUGCAAGGAAGGGAAGUGUGUCAACACGCAGCCUGGUUAUGAAUGCUACUGCAAGCAAGGCUUCUACUAUGAUGGCAACCUCUUGGAAUGUGUUGAUGUGGAUGAGUGUUUGGAUGAGUCCAACUGCAUGAAUGGGCGCUGUGAGAAUACCCGAGGGGGCUUCCGCUGUGCCUGCCCAAUCUCUACCAUCUAUGAUGCCACCCAGAAGAAGUGCAUUAGUGCCAGUGAAAUCGAUGUGGAUGAAUGCCAAGAUCCUGGGGUGUGCAAACUGGGGCGCUGCACCAACACCGUGGGGUCUUUUUCCUGUGACUGCCACCCUCCCUGGACUUUGGACCCCAGCGGCAAGGAAUGCCAGCUCCCCGAAACACAGGCAGACAGGGUGACUGACCGUCGCGAUGUCUGCUGGCAGCUCCGGGGUGAGGACGGGAUGUGUUCCUCUCCAUUCAACGGCCACCACCUCAGCUAUGAAGAAUGCUGCUGUCAGUAUGGGAAAGGCUGGGGCUACCAGUGCCACCCCUGCCCCCCACGUAGCCCAGGCCUGAACUGUCAGUCGACUCCAAGCGAGAGCAACUCUUUCUGGGACUUCAGCGCCUUGUUCAGCAAAGUGCAUAAAGAUGCUGACAGCUCAGAGGAGGACUCCGAUGAAUGCCGCUGCAUUAAUGGCCGCUGUGUCCGCACCCAGCAGGGCUUGGUCUGUGAGUGCCCAUCGGGCUUCCAGCUGGACAGCACUCACACUCGCUGCUUGGAUAUCGAUGAGUGCCGGGAGCUGAAUCAGCGGGGCCUUCUGUGCAAGACGGAACGGUGCGUGAACAUCAGCGGCUCCUAUCGCUGCACCUGCAAGUCUGGCUACGUGCGCUCCCGAUCCCAUGGAAUCUGCAUCCCCCAGCGUCAGCGGUAGCCUGGGGUACCUGCCGCGGGCAACAUCCUCGUGCUGGGCUGGCCACGGUGGGCUUCCUCUGACUGACCACAGCUGGAAACAGAACACUGGGCUAGAUGAACCUUUUGGUCUGAUCCAGCCAGGCAUUUCUGAAGUUCUUAAGGACUAAUUUUUUUUUUUUGUACUGGCUAUGAUGAAGGGGCAUUCGAUAAUGAUGCUGUUAUACACUCCCCCACCUAUCCCCGUUUCAACUCCUUAACCUGCUGGAUAUUUAUCAUUAGGGUUAAAAACUGCAUUUGGUUUGCACUUGUUUCUGUCGGAUCCAGAAAUAAAGCUUCUUUUUGUACAUAAUAGAUGUUGGUAAGGGGAGGGGGCACACCCUGAUUGAAUCAGUUAAUUAAAAGAGGAGGAGAGAGGAAUAUCCCAAUGAAAUGUUCUCAGUCUUCUGAGGAGAAAGAGAGAGAGAGGAUGUUCCUGAAGGGUUCCCUUGGGAGGGGGAAUUGGACAUUUCUGUGAAGGGCUUUUAGGUUUUAAAUGUUGUUUAUGUGACAGUGAUUGGGGCAACUCCAGGUGUGUUCUUAUGAGCAUCUUGAAAGAAGAAUGAGAUACAGAGGAGAUAAAUUUUGAUAAUAUUACUCUCCUCCCUCUAGGAGAGGGUUUUCUCUGGGCAUUUGGGGGAUAAGUACUCCAAAUUCUGAAGAAAAUCCAAAAUUGCCAUGUCAAGUUGUUUUAAUAGCAGUAUGCUCAUCCCUCACUCUGAAACAGGGUGAAAAUCUACUGAAGAAUGUCCAGAUGCUGGGUGAGUGGAGAGAGUCAUGCGCUCAAACUUCUAUCCAUCCCUGUCUGUAGGUUCAUUAUAAAGGUGGGAACUUUGUGCUUGGUGAAUGUUCUGGGCGCAUCAGACGCUGUAGCAUUAGUGAAACGAAGCAAAUGUGCAUCUGAUCAGCGGUCUGGAUGGGAAACCAUUGGUAAGCUCCAUUAGCAGCAGAUUAUACACAGUAAAUAAUUUUAAACAAUAAAUAGGGAAACAAACAUCUUAGGCGUCACUACGGUGUUUCCACAUUGAGGUUUUUGGUCCAGUUUCAAGCAUCCACAUGACACUGUCCCCUAAUAGUUCACUGCUGAGAUUUUCCCCUCCUUUGCUCUGCUUUUUUCCUAACCUGGCUUGAUAGGAUCUUUUGGAAAAUAUCUCAGUCAAAGUAAGCUGUGUGGACUUUGAAGAUGCAUGCUUUGUAAGCCCUGCUCCAUUUUCCUUGCUUCAUACCCUUGCGGGCCACUGUUUGCCACUCAUCCAUAAUACCUUUAGAGUGCUUUUGAGGGGCUUUUUGAAAAAAUUAGCAAAUAACAUAUCACUCUAGCACAAAGCUGGAGUCCAGUGGCACUGACGCUCACACUUUUAAUCAAACUUUGAAGGUGCCACGACUCCAACUUUGUUCUAUUGCUUCAGACCAACACGGCUGCCCAUCUGGAUAUAUCACUCUAGCCUUAAGAGUUCAGCAAUAUGUCAAUUACCAAUUAGUUACCAGAUGUAAUUGACAUAUCCAGGGCUUUUUUUGUAGCAGGAACUCCUUUGCAUAUUAGGGCACACCCCCUGAUGUAGCCAAUUCUCCAAGAGCUUACAGGGUUCUUAGUACAGGGCCUACUGUAAGCUCCAGGAGGACUGGCAACAUCAGGAGGGUGUGGCCUAAUAUGCAAAUGAGUUCCUGCUACAAAAAAGCCCUGGAUAUCGCUGUAGAGUAAUACUAUAAUGAUAUAUCAAUUGUCAGGUUUUUUAAAAAGCAGGCAUAAGUCCUAGGGUAGCAUAAGAAGGGGAAAUGGUAGCUGUGGGGGUUGAAAACAAAGUACAGGGAAAACCAUUUUAUGGAUGCUCAAAUUGCCAUUGCAAAUGCCUCUAUAGUCUCAGUGGCAGUGAGAAGGCCCAGAAUCCUCACCACCCUGUGAGGAGUGGUGAGAAGCAACAGAAUGUCUAUAUCAAAUAAUAUAUGAACUUCUGGCUGAGAUUAGUAACCUCUGGACAGUAACCAGUUUGGACUUUGGGUGCUUUCCACAAAAAUGGUACAAAAACUGAAGAGGGGACUGGUGAUUUGCAAGCGUCUUUCUUUGCAGGCGUUUUGAAUCAUGCAACUUAGUGGUAUUUGUAUAUAACAUUUCCCUCAAAGCUUAUUUGGUCUCACUCUUAAUUUUCAUGACCACCUUUGUACAUUAUAGCAAUUGUUUGUUACUGUUUUAUUUAUAACUUUUACUGCUUGCCCUUUCUCUAAGCUUUUUGUUGUUGUUGAGCGGGGAUGUUAUGUCUUUGAUCCUCCUAACAGCCCCCUCAGAGGAAGAUGAGCUUGGGAGACACUGACACCAAAGAUCACACAUUAAGUUUUGUCGCUGAGCAGCGAUUUUAACAAGGGAUGUGCAACUGUUCUCCUUAUUUCUUUUUUGUAUUUGUUUCUGGUUUUUUUGGUUCCCUUUCUCGCUGUCGGUUUUGUAGAGUCGGUCGCGUUAUGUACGUAUACUGUACAGUUUUUAUAAGCCGUUUAUACGGACGACAAUAGAUUCUGUUUAUACAUUUAA